AUGCAGCGGCAGCAGCCCCGCGGCGGCGAGGAGGACUGCGGGGAUUCGGGAGCCGAGACGGGCGGGUCUGAGUACAGCCGCAUGUCCUCUACCAGCAGUGAACUUUCUGUGGAAGACAUACAGGACCCAUUCCUUGUCAGUGUACAUAUUAUCACAGACCCCGGUGAAUCCAAGACUCUUCAGCAAGCUAUCGAUAAGCUUCUGGCCUGGAUCCAUCCAGAACUCCAGCUGUUUCGAGUCUCAGAAAGACGUGUGUCCAAGAAGCAAAGGAAGCCAGAUAAAGCUGGUGUUUCCCAGCCAGCCCUCGCCGUCAUUCUGUUUCUGCAAGAGGAAUAUGGAGAAGAACCCAUUUUGCAACUCCACGAAACCUUUCAGCGACCGCCAUGGCAUUACCACCACACAGAGCGAGUGCAUGGGAAGUUCCUCCCUUACAUGCCAUGCAGCCAGGACUUUUACACUUUGGCUCCAGAGACUCCUCUGUGGGCUAUUCGUCCAGUGCAUUAUGGAAAAGAAAUUAUCCGCUUCACAAUAUACUGCAGAAAUGAAAACUUUGUUGAUAUUUUGAAGUUUUAUGAGUUAAUACUGAAAAGACCAGUAUGUCAGAAAAAAGCGGACUUUUGUGUUUUUCCUGUCUAUUCUAACAUGGAAAUAGACAUCCAGUUUUCUUUAAAAAAACUUCCAAAGGGCCACACGCCAAUGCCAACUGAGUCAGCGGUGUUGGAGUUCAGAGUGAAAGAUGUUGGACAGCUUGUUCCUCUCCUGCCCAACCCUUGCAGCCCAAUCAGUGAAGGCAGGUGGCAGACUGAAGAUCAUGAUGGAAAUAGGAUCCUUUUGCAGCAAGCACGCAGUUGGUGUAGGAAGUCUGCAAAGCAGAACAAGCAUCCAUAUCCAUCUGUGUCAACAGAUUCCCACUUCACCACUUUGCCAGGCUUUCAUCCUCAGAGCCACCAAUCUGUCCCUGAACCGCCAAAAGAAAUGAGUCAGAACAAGGUGCAUCAUGCAAAUGGCCUUGGCCAUUAUCUUGGUUUCUCCCAGCAGGACCUCAGACACAGUGAUCAAGAAGACUUCACACGCAGAUCCAGCAGUGCCUCCAGCAUUUUGUGGUCAUUUCAACGAAGCAAGUCUCUGUUCUGCUUGCCUACAGUGAGUUCCUCCUCAGCCUCAGAGAAUGCUCAUUUCAGAGAAGCGUUUCAGUUUUUAAAUACUGAGUCACCUGCAACCAGGUUAAAAACAUGGAGAUGCAGCCCUAGGCUUAACGUUGAUGACUUGGAGGAUGCACAGGAGACUGAUGUGGACACAGGGAGGAAGCUCUCCUUCUCAGAUCUGUCUGUGGUCUCUGCAUACUCUGCCCUUAACAGAUUUUGCAAUGACUUGGAAGCCUCUCUUCCGCCAUGGAAGCAAGCCUGCAGAACGAGUGCAAAGGCUUCUACCAGCGGAAGGCCUGUAUCCUCCGUGUGCAGUACCUUUGAUCCCAUGGAUGGUUCGCUGCCAUCUCUUUCUGAGUGGCCAUCCAGCUCAUUCAUGGCAACAUCUCUCUCUAAGCAGCCCAAACAGUCUUCAAGAACAGCCCCUUGUUCCCUUGAUGAUUGUGGUAGCAUUUUCCCAGUUUCACCAACUAAUGACGAAGAAUUUUACAUCUGAGGUUUCUCUGUCUCACACCUUCUGGGACAAAUUUCUUUUUGUGAUGACUGGGCCCUACUUGAGCUUACAGGAUUUUUCUCAUGGAAGAGAAGGUGAUGCAGAGAAGUAUGCUAGAUGUUUGAAGAAAGCUCCUGGAUCCCUCAAGAGAUGAAUGUUCCCAAAGAAUGUACCG